AUGAGAGCAGGAUUGGGUACGAUCCAGCAAACCCUGACGCCGGAGGCGGCGAGUGUAUUGAACCACUCGAUCGCCGAGGCGGGUCGUCGGAAUCACGGCCAGACGACGCCGCUUCAUGUAGCGGCGACCCUUUUGGCAUCUCCGACGGGGUUUCUACGGCAAGCAUGUAUUCGGUCACACCCCAACUCAUCACACCCUCUUCAGUGCCGAGCUCUUGAGCUCUGCUUUUCUGUAGCCCUUGAGCGUUUGCCAACGGCCCAAAAUAUCUCUCCGGCAAUGGAACCGCCGGUUUCUAACGCCUUAAUGGCGGCUCUAAAGCGUGCACAAGCUCAUCAACGGCGGGGGUGUCCUGAACAGCAGCAACAGCCUCUUUUAGCUGUGAAGGUGGAGCUUGAGCAGCUGAUUAUUUCAAUUCUCGAUGACCCGAGUGUGAGUAGAGUUAUGAGAGAAGCAAGCUUUUCGAGUCCAGCUGUGAAGGCUAUAAUUGAGCAAUCUUUGAAUUCAAGCCUUGGGAAUGUUAAUCAAGCAACAUUAGGAAUUGGGUUUAGGCCAAAUCCAACUCCAAUGCCUAUCCCCAAUCGGAAUUUGUACUUGAAUCCCCGGUUGCAACAGGCCAAUCCGGCGGGCCAACCAGGGAAUCAAAGGAAUGAGGAAGUGAAGAGGGUAAUUGAUAUUUUGUUGAGAACAAAGAAAAGGAAUCCAGUUUUGGUUGGGGAGGCUGAGCCAGAAGCUGUGGUAAAGGAAUUGUUGAGAAGGGUUGAGAAAGGGGAAUUGAAUGAAGGGCCACUUAAGAAUGCUCAGGUGAUAUCAAUUGAGAAAGAGCUUGUACUGGAUAAAACUCGAAUUCUCUCAAAAAUUAAGGAAUUGGAAGGGCUAAUUGAGACUAAAAUUGGGAAUUCUAACGGUGGUGGCAUUAUUAUUGAUUUGGGUGAUUUGAAAUGGCUUGUUGAGCAGCCUGUGACUUUUGGAGUUCCACCUUCUGGUGGGGUGCAGCAACAGGUGGUUUCUGAGGCAGGUCGGGUGGCUGUGGCAGAGAUGGGGAAGAUUUUGGGGAGGUUUGGAGAGGGGAGUAAUGAUCGGAUUUGGUUGAUUGGAACUGCUACUUGUGAGACUUUCUGGAGGUGCCAAGUUUAUCAUCAAACAAUAGAGAGUGAUUGGGAUCUGCAGGAAGUGCCAAUUCCUUCAAGAUCUCCUGUUCAAGGAAUGUUCCCAAGAUUGGGGACGAAUGGGACUAUGAGCCCUUCAGUUCAGUCUUUGCACCCAUUGAAGAGCUUCACAACUGCGACACCUGCUUUUCCACGGCGGGUUUCUGACAACGUGGAUCAUGUUCGCAGAGUGAACUGUUGCCUACAAUGUUCAGAGACUUAUGAACAAGAGCUAGCAGAACUUGUAGCCGAGUUUGAAAAGUCAUCCUCUGAAGUAAAAUCAGAAGCAGCUAAAAUACCCCUACCUCAGUGGUUGCAAAAUGCCAAACUCAAUAGUACUGCUGUUAAAACAUCAGAUCAGACGAAGGUAUGUUGUUGCGAAGUACUUUAUGUUGGGUCAGAUUAUAUAUGA